CUCUUUAAGGGGGAAAAAAAAAAACCAUGAAUAAACUCAGCGGCAUCGCCAAAAUCCUCUUCUGGAUCAUUAUAUUCUCUGCGUUAAUUCUAUCAACGGUUGCGGAUGGAGUUGGGCCCCACCAACGGCCCAAUGCAGCUGAAAGAGCCAUCGGGUUGAAAUCCCCUACCAACCCAUGGACCAAAAUCAGAUCAUGGCUAAAUCUAGCUUUGAUGAAUAUCUGGCCUCCAGAUUCGGCAAUGGUUGGUAAAGUCCCAUCAAGUGCUGAAGAUGCGAUGAAGGAGGCUGUUUCUAAGAGCUUCAAAACGAGUGAAAGAGCCUUCGAAACUACUGCUAGAGUGGCAGAGAAAGUGUUGCGUAAGACGGCAAAGAAGGUGAAAAGUUCAGGCUCUCAUGCUAACUCAGGAAGAAGGAAUUCAGAUGAGGAGCUUUGAUCCAAAUUCUGGGUUUGUAAUUAGCUUCCUAAGUCUGCUUUUGGUUUUCUAUUUUAUUAUUAUUUUAGUUGUUAAUUCAAAGCUGGGAUUUGUAAAUCAGCUUUCUUAAGGCGAUUUUUUAGUGAAUUUUACAAAUACCAUCUCAUUUAUACUUGUUA